UCUUCUUCUUCCCCCGCAUCAACGCAACGCACCGGAGGAACAACACCCCACCGACGAUGGCCACGGCGAUCCACGACGGCGCGCUCCCUCCGUGAAAUCCAACCGCCUCCACCCUCCCCGCGAACGCCGGAUCGCUUCCCUCCCUUCGGGCGCCCCCUCUCGAGAGGAUGGACACUGACGAGUGGGAGCUCCUCGCCGUCGACGGCCUCCUCGACUCCCACGAGGACGGCGGCGGCGGCGGCGGCGGCAAGAUCUACUCCCGCCGCCGGCGCUGCCACUCCGAGAGCGUCCUCGACAUGGACCACUUCCGCUGCCCCCCUUCCCCCCCGCCGGCGGACCGGAUCGCCACCGUCGCGAUCGGCCCCGAUCCGGAGGCGGCCCCGGGGCCUCCGGGGGUCGAGGAAGUCGCCGACUUGCCCGCUGGGGAAGUCGAAGCUCCGAGCCUGGGAGGCUCGUCGGGCUCGGAGCGGGAGAUAACGUCCCGCGUCUUCUUCAAGAAGGUCGCGAGGGACGGACACGAAUUCGUCGACAUGACAAUGGGGGAGGCCGGGGCGGCCGCGGCGGCGGAGAUGGAGAGCCUGCGCUCGCCGCCCAGGAUGGGGAGCGAGAGGUCGGCGGCGGCGGCGGCGGUAAAGGACAAGAACGACGCCGAGUGUGAAACGGGAGAGGUCCUGUGGGAAGAGAAGAGGAGCGAGAGUGAGGGUGACAGUAACGGGUUGAACAGCAUACUGAAGAGGGGCUUCACUGGGAUCGGUGCUCUGUGCUCGUUCGGAGUGGCCGCGGCGGCCACGUUCUGCGUCCUCAUCCUCGGGAGCCGUCAGGGGAACGACAGGCAGAGCCAGCAGAAGCAGAACCUGCGAUUCCAGCUCUACAGUGACGAUAAGAGAAUUAAGAAGGUCGUCCAUCAUGCAACCAAACCGAACAAAAUGAUAGCUGCAGUGAGAGGAGUGCCUCACACCCGCGCUCAUAUCAUCGUCGGCGGCUAUUAUGAUACUCUUUGAAGUGUGAUGCAUGAUUGUCCUCAGUCAGCUCUCGGGAUCCUCCUUAUAUGAUAUAUGUAUGGGAUCCCCAUCUUCUUUGUACAUGAAACUUCGCUCUAUCUGUAUGUACAGUAGCAUUGCAAAUUUCUAGUAUCUUAUGGUAAAUCAGAUAUGCCACUGCUGUAUAUAUUCUGAACGGUAUAUCGUUGAAUGUAUGAUUGUCUGCAACAUCUAA